AUGGAUGGUGUUGGCAUGGACUCAGUCAGGGUGACGUGGCCACAUGGCACCAGGGUUAUCAGCUUGCCGCUGCCACCGUCGCAGACAGUGUGGCCCAAACCCCUGCUCCUGAAAGUGCGCCAUGGUCAGGGUACGGACCGUGUCGUCCAGAGGCGCAGGCAGAGGUCGCACACCAUGCCCUCCCAGCCCGGGGGCGUCCCCUGCCACAUCGUCCUGAGCGGCCUCCAGAUCCCCCGCUCCAUCGGCAAGAAGGGCGUCAUCAUCAACGAGCUCCGGCAGGAGAGCGGCGCCAGCAUCAGCAUCCUCGACCGCCCCCCCGCGAUCCCGGAGGCGCUGCAGCGCCUGGAGCUCCGCGUGGCGUGCGCCAGCGGCACGGACGCGCAGGUGCACGCCGCCCUGAUGGGCCUCGUCCGCAACGCGCUGGGGCCGCAGGCCCUGCGCCAGCAGGACAGCAGCGACGAGGACGUUGCCGUGCUCGUGCCGCGGCAGUGCGAGCCCCACCUGCAGGGCCAGGACUUCCUGGACAGCUGCGCCGGCUGCGGUCUCUCGGUGGCUCCGCUGGAGGGGCUCGGCAGGCACCGCCUGGUGCACCUGCGCGGCGCCGAGAACCGCGCGGUGCAGACGGCCGCCUGGCGGGUGCACCAGCUCGUGUCCCGGCUCGCCGCGGGCGGCGUGCUGACGGCGCGGGACUUCGACUUGGCGGACAGCUCGUGGGACGACGCGAUGGAGGCUUUCCGGUCCACGAGGGGCCAGCUUGGCGCCCCAGGCGCCGCUGCAGGCGCCGUCGCGGCUCUGGAGCUGCAGGGGCUGCCCCGGCCGCCAGACCUGGGCGCGGCCGCGGCCGCCCAGGAGGCGGAGAGCCAGAGGGCGCGGGAGGCCCGGGAGCACGAGUCGCGGGAGCGCGAGGCGGCGGAACGCAGGGCGAGGAACCGCGCGUUGCAGCUGCAGUACCACCCGAGCGGGGGCGCGGCCGAGGAGCCGCGGGCGGAGCGCGAGGCGCGCCAGAGGCAGGCGGCGGAGGCUCGCGAGCGCGAGGCGCGGGAGCGCGCGGAGCGCGAGCGGGAGAUCCAGGAGCGCAAGGCGCGGGAGCAGGAGCUCUGGGACAGGCGCGCGGCGUCUGGGCCCGCGCAGGCGCCGGCGCUCGCGCCCGCGCCCGCGCCCGCGCCCGCGCCUGCUGCAAGCGGGGCGCCGGGCGCCGCGGCCGUUGGCUGGCCCGCCGCAGCCGCCGUGCCCGGAGCGGCCACGCCAGCCUGGCCGGCAGCGCAGGCGCCGCCGGCAGCGCCGCAGGCUCCGAGAGAGGGCGAGCGGCGCUUCGCGCUGGACGGUGGCGGGGUGCCUGCGGGCGACGGGCCCCGGGCCAGUGAGUCUGGGCCGGGGUCGGGCGCGGCGGCUGCGCAGGCGGGCGCAGUGGCCAGCCCCGGCAGCGGAGCGGUGCUCGAGAUCCUGGUGCGCCUCCCGACCAUCGAGGCGGCGCGCGCGCUCGCGAGCCAGGAGCUGGGCAUCGCGCGCCGGGCGGGCGCCAAGGUCACGCCCGGCCACGCGGCGGGGGAUCUCGCCAGCCCGGUGCUGCAGAUCUCUGGGACGCCAGUGGCCAACGCGCUGGCGUGCUACUUGGUGCAGGAGGCGCUCUGGGUGAUGCGCCCGUGGUGAAGGGACCUCUGCACCAGCCUCGCCGUCCACAAAGCUCGGGAG